AUGUCGCAAUACUUUCAAAUAAUACUAUUAGUCUUAAAUUACGUACUAGAAUAUUCGCAAGCGGAUGUCUAUCCUUUCCGUAAUGUAUCAUUAGACUGGCGAGUGAGGGUUGAUGAUCUUAUUUCUCGUCUAACGCCCGAUGAAAUCAUCGAUCAAUUAGCCUAUGGUGGAGGUUGGAAUGAAGGAGUCACACCAGCCAUUAUACGGUUGGAUAUUAAACCGUACUCGUGGACAACAGAAUGUCUUCGAGGGGAUGUCAGUGAAACUUCUACAGGAUUUUUACAAGCUAUUAAUCUUGCAGCAACAUGGAAUAAAAAUUUAUUGUACGCAAUAGCAAAUGCAACAGCUUACGAGGUUCAUGCACAUUAUAACGCUUAUCAAAAACAAGGAAAGUACGGUGUUCAUCGAGGUUUGUCUUGUUUUUCACCGGUUAUUAAUAUCAUGAGACAUCCUUUAUGGGGUAGAAAUCAGGAAACAUAUGGAGAAGAUCCAUAUAUGUCCGGUGUCUACGCAUCAUACUAUGUUCGUGGUUUACAAGGAAAUAAUCAACGUUAUCUGAAUACAAAUGGCGGAUGUAAACAUUUUGACGUUCAUAAUGGACCAGAAAAUUAUCCAACAUCUCGAUUUUCAUUCAACUCUAUUGUUAGCGAAUAUGAUUGGCGAUCUACAUUUCUCCCACAGUUUAAAGCCUGUAUUGAUGCUGGUGUGUAUAGUGUGAUGUGUUCCUACAACUCAAUAAAUGGAAUCCCUGCGUGUGCCAAUGAAAAAUUAUUGACAAAUAUCUUACGGGAUAAAAUGAAUUUUGUUGGUUAUGUGGUGUCAGACGAUAAUGCACUUAUCAAUAUUUUCGAUGAACAUAAUUAUACUCAAACAAUAGCUGAUGCUGCUCUCUUAGCUUUGAAUAACGGUGUCAAUCUAGAGUUGGCUUGUUCACGUGACGAUACAAUAUUUUUAACAUUGCAUGACUCGUAUAAAUCAGGAAAAAUUGAAAAUAAAACGUUAACGGAUCGAAUUCAACCAUUAAUUUAUACAAGAAUGCGUUUAGGUGAGUUUGAUCCAAUGGAAAUGAAUUCGUAUAAUCAAAUAUCAAUGAAUAUCAUACAAAGUGAUGAACAUCGAAAACUAGCGUUAACAGCAGCAAUACAAUCAUUUGUAUUAUUAAAAAACGAUCGAAAUGUUCUUCCAAUUACUGAUGUGAAGAAAUUUAAACGAGUUCUUUUUCUUGGUCCAAUGAGUAAUAAUCCGAUACAACAAUUUGGCGAUUAUUCGCCAGUUCCCGAUAUAUACUAUACAACAACACCAUUGAGCGGCUUACAAGAUUUAUUUCGCAGUGUUAGUUGGGAGGACGCAUGUACGGAUGGCAAUAUAUGUUUGAAUUACAAUCAAAGUAGAACAAUCAAUCUAUUGAGUAAAGGUCGAUAUGAUUUAAUAUUUUUAUCAUUGGGAACAGGUCAAAUAAUUGAAAGUGAAGGUAAUGAUCGGCUGACGAUGAAUUUACCCAAUUAUCAACAACAAUUAUUAAGUGAUACAAUCACAUAUACAAGUAGCUGUGAUACGACAAUAAUAUUACUAUUAUUUUCUGCAGCACCGUUACAAAUUCAAUUAGCUCAAUAUUCUAAAAAUAUUCCAAGUAUAAUACAAUUAGGUUUUCCUGCUCAAGAAACUGGUCUCGCAUUAAAAACAGCACUUUUUAGUAAUGGCAAUAAAGUUUCAUCAAAAUUUGGUCGUUUACCAUAUACAUGGCCGGCUAAAAUCGAAGAUCUAUCCAGUAUAACAAAUUAUGAUAUGUAUGGAUUCACCUAUCGAUAUUAUAGAAAUAGUAUACAACCGUUAUAUAGCUUCGGUCAUGGUUUAUCUUACUCAACAUUUUCCUUUUACGAUUUAACAACAAAUUUAACUGAUUCAACUAAAGUAAAAGCAGGCAGUAGUGUCGAGAUCUACUUCCGUUUGAUGAAUAAUGGACCAUAUCUAUCUGAUGAAAUUGUUCAAGUGUAUAUAAGUAUAUUUCCACAGAAUACAACUUUAAAUACCUCCAGAUUUCAAUUAGUUAGUUUUGAACGAAUUACUGAUGUGCCAGUCAAAGUUCAGGUAUUCAUGUCGGCAAUAAUAACAAAAGAACAUAUGGCUGUUUAUAUUGAUAACAAAGGAUUUGUAAUUGUACCAUGUUUAAUAAAAAUCUAUGUUGGAAAUCAUUUACCCACCAGGAAUAGCAUAAAUGAUGAUGAUCUUCUUGUAACACAAUUCACUAUCGAUGACAAUGAAUAUCCUGUGGGAGAGUACAUCUCGUAUGCAACUAAUAUUUCACCACCAUAA